GUUCUGCCCCACAUCCAGUCCAUCAUGUGGCAUCACGAUCAAUGCUCUGCUCUAAACAGCAACUGACCUGGAAAGCCGAGCAGAACUCCGUCAGCGCUCAUACUGAGGUCGGUUCAUCAUAACUCCACCAGGAACAACUGCAUUGUGGAGAAAACUUGCAUCAGUAUGUCUGAGCAUCAGCAAGUGUUUUUUAGAGCAUUUCAGAAGAUCUGUACCUGCAUUUAAGCUGUGGAACUCUGGCCAGCCCAGCUCAUCAUGGUCCAGUUUUUCAGCAGCAGAGGCAAAAAUGCAGAACGGCUCAACCAAAACAGGACGAGGGGUUACUGUCAACGGGACGGUCUCCACCCUGAAGAGGCAACCGAAGAUGGUGUCCAGCAGGCAGGAGCGUGGUUCAUGUUCAUCCACGGUUUCUUGUCCAGUCUUCUCAGGAUCCCAGAGCGAUUUAGACGAAGAGCCGGCGCCACGCUGUCCGUCCAGCUGUUCCACACCCACCCUGCACAGGCCUGGAUCCACCGCCAGUCUAAAGGCCUCCACCUCCAGCCUGCAAAGAAACGCAAAGGGUUCACUGACCAGCCUCAAGAGUUUCCCGAGCUCCACAGCACUCCAGAGUUCCAGCUUCAGCAUCCACAGCUCCAGCCCCAGCCUAAGGAGCUCCAACCCCAUCAUCCGGAACUCCAAUCCCAGCCUCCAGAGCUUCAAUCCCAGCCUCCGGAGCUCCAACGCCAGCAUCCGGAACUCCAAUCCCAGCAUCAGGAGCUCUAACCCCAGCCUCCACAGCUCCAAUCCCAGCAUCCACAGCUCCAACCCCAGCCUGCGAAGCUCCAACCCCAGCCUGCGGAGCUCCAGCCCCAGCCUUCACAGCUCCAGCAUCAGCUCCAGUGAGGACGACAGCUGGGACACCAAUAGCUGGAGCUCCGGCGCCACCUGUCUUCUGCGCAGCUCCAUCAAGCAGCACAGUCAGGAGGUGUUCCGGGUAGGCUUUGGCUCGGAUUCCGAGGCUGUCUUCCAGAACUCUGACAGCGGCCCGGGCAGUGUGUCAGGGUCGGAGCAACGUGAGCCAGCAGAUCCAGCCCAUGUAAACCGCAGGGACUCUGUAUCCUCUGCUGCUUCAACUGUGUCCACCGACCUGGAGCAGGAGAUUGAAGAAAAGCUCAAGUUUUCUCAGUUUCUGGAUGAGGUGACGUGUCGGGUGCUCAAUCCCGCGUGUUUGCAAGCAUUUGGUGCACCCAUUCGUCCAUCCAUGACUUCAUCUCUCCAGUCAUUAUCCGGUCCUUGGUUUGGUUCCAGAGAAAGUCAAAAACCAGUUUCUAUGAGUAAAUGGAGCAAGUGCAUGCCGAGCUGCAAGAUUCUGGAUGCCAGCGAGAGUUUGAGGAGAACACAAGAGCAGUCGUCUUUAGGAAGAACCUACUUAGAGACUGAUAUAGACCGAGUGCGGCGGGAGGAUGAGGAAAGUGUGGAGAAGUGGUCUGGCGAAUCUUCACGAAGAUGCCCGAGUCCUGCUUCCAAGCGUUCGGACGGAGCUCCGCUUCCACCGUACCGGUCCACUUCACUCCCGAGACCUACUAUGAGCAGCACCACGGAUGGAGAGUCGCGUGGCGGCAGCUCAGCUUCAGUCUCAGCGCAGGAGCAGAAGGAGGAUCUGCGCAGGCGUCUCUGCUGCUCCACACAGAAGCUCCAGCAGCUGCAGAGAGAGUUCGAGUCCACACGAGUCUACCUGGAGGCGGAGCUGAGGAGAGCACAAGACCAGCUGGACACCUUCACGGAGAAGCUGCGCAGGAUUCAGAGCAGCUACGCGGCGCUGCAGAGAAUAAAUCAGGACAUGGAGGAGAAAAUACACAGAAUGACUCAGCGUUACGAGGAUGAGAAGAGAUCUCUGAAUGGAGAAAUCCUGACUCUGAACAGUCGACUGAUGGAGGCCAAGAUCACCAUCCAGAAGCUGCGUGAAGAUAACGAUCUGUACAGGAAAGACUGUAAUCUGGCUGCGCAACUGCUGCAGUGUGGGAAAUCACCUUACAGAGCGCACAAACUGUCUGAGCUUCCUGCUGAGCUUCAGAAGCGCGUGAGCUCCCACAUGGAGAAGCAGCGUUCAGGACGGAGUGUAGCCUUGCAUCAGUCCUACACAGAUGCCGUUCCCACUGCCGUCAUCGGCCGGAUCCUGGAGAAACCAGAGUCUGGGAGAAGCUGUCCGGUCACCCGCUCCCCGAGCCCACAGAUCCAGGAUCUCCCUGAUAAAGCUCAGCGGCGUACAGCGUAUAAAUCCUCCGACCUGUACUGCAGCGAUACAGCACUGUACUGUCCUGAGGAGCGGAGGCACGAGCGCUGGACGGAGCGCCGGCAGAGUGCAGACCACAGCGGACAGACCACCGCAGACACGCAAAACAAUCCCGAGGAACAUCCCAGCAGACGUUACACACACACUGGCACGAUGGAGACCCAGAGGACCGCCCGACGUUCCUCAAAUCCAGCAGCUUCCAGAACGGAGAUCGAAUGCCGUCAUCCACUCCUCAAGGGGGCACUCUCCGCAGUCUCCACCCGAUGGACGGAUGGAUGAGCAUGGAGGACAUCAACAGCUUCUCCAUCUGCAGCCCUGGCCUCAUUUCACCGCUGAGCUUCUCCGAGCGCCACUUUAUCAUCGAUCCCGAGAUCAAACCGGGUCCGCUUUAUGACAGCGUCCGAGACGGAGCCACGCGGUAUCCGCAUUACUCCGCAUCAGUGGGGUCCAGUCCUGCGCUGAACACCAGGAUCAGACUGAAGACCGACAGAGGACAGGCGAUCCGCUCCAAAGACAGCGCUCAGGGAUCCACUAGAAGAUUCUUCACGUCUGAAAACACCCAUGAUGAGACGGCGGACGCUUCACGCAGAGAUUACGCAGAGGAGAGUCGCAGCAGUUCAGCAGAGUCACUGAACCACAGUCUGGGCGUCCAGCGCUUUCAGAAGGAGCCCCAGAAACAGAACACACCGCAGUUUCAGAAGAUCGGAAACACGGGACUCAGUCGGAAAGACAGCCUGACGAAAGCACAGCUGUAUGGAACGCUGCUGAACUGACAACUACAACGAAGAUCUUCCGUAAACCCUCCACAACAGAGCAGCUCAUGUGUGUCAAGGGUUUGUUCAUCUGAAGGGAAGGUUCUGUCAUUAUUACUCUCCCUCAUGUCAUUUCAGUCUCCUGAGAGUUUAGGAAACUGAACGUGGAUUGAAUGUAUUAGCGCAAGUGUGUAUAAAUCAGCCAUCAUUUCCCAAAUCCAGUCAGUUGGAGGAGGUCAACAUCACACACUCCAGCGCUGUCUGAGAGCUCCAGCAUCUCAUCUAAAGCAUCUUCAUCUGGGUCUGAAGAUGAGCUCAGACACCCCGUGAGGAAGAGUAAUAAUGACAGAGCUGAUAUUCUGGGGUGAACUACUCAUUCAGACUCUCAAUUAAACUGUAAAUAAACCAUAUGUAUUAUUGUAAACAUAUAUUUAUCUGUUUAUAUUUAAUCUGUAGGACGAGUGUAGCAGAUAAUCAUUAAUCCGGUGCUCUUACAGCAGAGGGCUUCUGCUAGCGAAAGCUGUAGUUUCUUCUGACCAUCAACUGUUUUUCUCCACAGGACAGAGCAGGAAUGUAGUGUGUGUAAAGAUGUUCACUUGUGCUCCGCAGGACUGACUGUAGAUCAGUGUUUCCUUUGCCUACCAUGUCUCUUCAGUGUGUGUGUCUUUCAGGAGGAGCUUCUUGCACUACUGAACUUAUAUUAGAUGUAAACACACACACACACACCUGUGCAUACACAAGAAGAGCAGUGCAAUGUCUACAACACUUGUUUACCUUUAUAUUUCACUACUAUAAGACCAGACAAUUGAGCAUCCCAGAACACACACACUGCAACACUACACUGAAGUCUGCUCCUGAUGACCCUUACAGUGAUGUCAUUUCCUGUAGUUGUUGUCAUUCAAGGUGUGUUUUAUCAUUUGAAGGGUCACAAGAUGGAAAGUCUCACACACACACACGCCUGUGUGAUGUAGAUCUAAACCAGCCCACAUAAACAAAUACUAUAGUAAUUUAUAGUAAAUACCACAGUGCUUUUUUAACCAUAGCAUAGUAAAGUAGAUUAAGGUAUCUACAGCUGUUUGUUAAAGAAUGCUCCAGCACACUGUAGUAUAUUAUCACUCGUAAACUGAUUAACUGGAAACAGUACUGCAGUAUAUUUAAGCUGUAUUGUAGUAUAAUAUACCCUACAGUUGUAGAAAACUACAGUAUUGGAUGAUUUGUUUAUAGUACUAAAGUUGUGUUACCAUGGCAACUCUGGAAUCACCAUAAUACAUGAGAUACUACAGUAGUUGUAGUGUUACCAUGGCAACUCUAGAAUCACCACAAUACAUUAGCUACUAUUCACCUUAUUCUCAGCUGUCGA